AUGAGUUCGACAGACAGAGAACAGAAGAAAUCCCGCCGUCCGCCAACAGUUUUGGGCAGUUCUGGCUUCGGUGCGGGCCUAUCUGCUGAUGUCUCUGGCGCGUCUGGUUCGAACAACGCCGCUGCAGCAUUUCAUCAAGUUGCAAAUGCAUCUAAACAGCUGGAUAGAUACUUUCAGAGCCUCGACGGCGAAGGUGCUAGAUUUGCCAAAAUUCUUGAGCAAAGUCGCUGGCGAGAGAAAGCAGCGGCAUGCUCCAACUCUUCCUUCGAGGAUUGUUCACUUGCAGAAGCUACUCUGGAACAAUCACAUUGUCAACUCGUGCGGCUCGCAGCUGUGAGCGCAGUCAAGGUCUAUGCCAAAGAGGCGACCAAGGAUCUUGUACCUGAUGAAUUUUCCGUCUUCAGUAUACCAGCGAACAUCAACGCUGAGUCUUUGGGGGGCUCAGUCAAGGCUACAAACAUCUGGCUGUACAUUCCGAAUGAUUCAACUUCUGGUUCCACUAAUGUUAUCGUUGUAGCAAUCCGAGGUUCCGUUACAUAUCACGAUUGGCUGGUGAAUCUCAAUAAUGGUGGUGGGCGACCCGUUCAAGAUCCUUUCCUGGGCGUUGAUGAAGUAGGCACGCCUUAUAGUGCUCACCCUGGGUUUUUGGAGUGCGCAAAGGCGAUGAAGACCAAGGUCUUUGAGCUCAUCCAUCAGUUUUGUUCAAACAAUUUCGCGGCUGAAGUUCGAUCAAAGCCAACUUUGCUAUUCACGGGUCAUUCUGCCGGUGGUGCAGUAGCAGCCAUGCUAUACACGCACUUGUUGAACUGUGACCCGGUUCUGGAUGAUAUACAUAUGAGUGCAGCGCUGAAGACAGCAUUUGGUGCAGUUCACUGCAUAACAUUUGGAGCUCCUCCGAUUACAACAAAACCACUGUUGCCAUCUCAAGCAGGCUCGCUACUUUUAUCCAUCAUCAAUGACGGUGAUCCGGUGCCGAGGGCAGACAAAGAAUACAUCGAUGCUCUGCUGCGCCUAUUCUCCAACGAUAUGCCCGAGGAAGGAACCAAAUAUGUGCUGCCACCUCGCGUCUUUUUUAAUGCGGGUGCGGAAAUCAUCACUCUGGUUGAUGGUCGGCUGCUUCGGCCAAGUGAAUUCGGCAAGGGUAGCUUAGCGGAGACGCUGAUGGGAGACAAGAGAGCACAUUCAAUGUUGGAGUAUCGCAGGAGGCUAGAGUUAUAG